AUGACCGACACCAGCAAAACUAUCGAACCUCUAGCAAAAGAUAGCAACCCCAAGCUCUAUCACCAUACUUGGACUCUAGCUAUCGAACAGCUAAGGAAACAGGAAGGCUAUCACUUUGAAUUAGAUGAUUUAUCCAAGCAAGAACCAUUAGCAACCCUAACCGACGUCCUUAAAGCAACGAAUGAAAAGAAAGAUGAGUGUAUUAAGAAAAGAUGGAAAGUCACUCUCAAAGGCCGUACGAUUAUCUUACGCGAUGUGCUUGAGAAGAUUGCUGUAUGGGUCGACAAGUUUUUGAUGUUUGGUGAUAUCGCUAUUCAAUAUGAUCCCGUCAGUGCUGCACUUCCGUGGGCAGCUGUGAGGUUGAUCAUGAAAGCUACCGUGAACGACGUGGAAACAUUCGGAUAUGUGUUGCAAUCUAUUGAAAGUGUAACCAAUCUGAUUGCUAGCUGCAGUAUCAUUGAACGUCACUUUCUGCAGCCGGAGCAUUCUAGGAUGGAGGUUUUUGAGCAGCUCUCUAAGUCUGUCGUGUCGCUUUACGUCUCUAUUCUAAAAUAUCUCUCCUCGAUACUUCACUAUUAUGGGAAAAACUGGGUGAUUCGGUUCAUGAAGAGCAUAGUCGUUUCCAAGGCUGAUCUUGAAGCAAAGCAUUCCACUAUAAUAACGGCAAAGAAGGAACUUUGGGAUCUCCUUGAGCUUGCCGAGUCUGAGAAGUCACAGGCCAUCCUUAAAAGUCUUCAGAAUGUGACAGCAGUGCAGAUAGCUCAAAAUAGUGACAUCAGUUCAUUUUCUACUGAGCUACGAAAAUUUGAAGAGCCAAUCAAGAGGAUUGACUACCACAUUCAAAUAAUUAACGAUAAUCUCGAGCGGGAUAUAAGAGUGCAGAUUCUAAAAGCCAUUUCCACUAUCCCAUACGGAGCACAUCAUAAAACGGUUAGACGGGGUCGAUUAAAAGAUUCUGGACAGUGGUUGUUCAAGAAAAAGGAAUAUAAAAUCUGGCGUGAAGAAAGUGCAUCUUCAAUUCUAUGGUUACACGGAAUACCAGGCUGUGGAAAGACCAAGUUAGCAUCUAUUGUAAUCGAUGAACUGGAAACUUGCGAUAAUAUUGCAUAUUUUUACUGUAUGCGAAACCCAGCCGAGCCUUUUCGAGCUCAAUGCAGCAAGAUCCUAGCUAGUCUCGUACGUCAAUUAGCCUGCCAGGGGAUCAACAACCCAAUUCUUCCGCCUAUAGUAGAACAUUAUGAAGAUGCCAUUACCGGGUUCGAAGGGUUUGAAGAUCAGCAUUGGGAUACCGAGGAGUCUAUAAGAAUGUUGUUAGCACUUAUGGAUCAUUAUCCGACAGUGACAAUAGUUAUUGAUGCCCUAGACGAAGUCGAAUUACAGGAUCGUCAGGAGUUAAUGGAUGCGUUCAGUCAGAUCCUCCAAGAAUCGCCGAAUCUGCUCAAAAUAUUUGUUUCCAGCCGAGAUAACUACGAUAUUGCGCUUCACUUAGAAGGAUCACCUAACGUGUAUAUCGAUGCUGAUGAUAACGCUGGAGACAUCUCGGCAUUCAUUAAGGAUCAAUUAGCUUCGGCAAGGCUGUUACGAAAUAACUUGCCUGAUUUUCUUCGAGAUGAGAUAAUCGACACAUUAAUUAGAGGUGCUCGGGGAAUGUUUCGAUGGGUAGAUCUUCAAAUUCAAUCCCUUCGCCCAUUGAAAGUGGCAGCAGAUAUCAAAGCUCGUCUCGGUGCUCUUCCCUCUACUCUAGAAGGCUCCUAUUGGGAAAUCUAUCAGAGUAUCUUAGAGUCAGGGGACCACGCUGCAGCACUUGCGAAUUUCACAUUCCAAUGGCUCAUGUAUGCCAAAAAGUCUCUCUCUAUUGAAGCCUUCGCGUCUAUUGCGUCUUCCGCCCUGUCGUCCGAAAUGAGUAAUAAUUUCGGCGGGGCCGAGGUUACCGAUGUCUGUUCAAAUCUCAUCGUUAUCCGGGGAGAAAGUUUUGAAUUCGCUCAUUUAUCGUUGCUUGCCUUCGCUAUCUCACGAAACAACUGCUCCAAGCCCCAGGCAUCAUCGCUGAAACUAUCAAUAAUGAGAUAA